AUGAACACUCGUUCCUUUCUGGCAAGAUCCCUGUCGCUCUCAGGACAGAGGAGUGUUUUUGCCCAGAGACCCCUUCCUCUUGUUUCUUCCUUUCGGAAAUAUUCGUCUUCUUCAGGAAGUGAUGUGCCGGUAAAGUCGCCUCCACCUGUCUCCACAGACGCCGAAGUGUUCAAGCAAGCACCGGAUCGAGCUGAGCCAUGGUCUCGUAGUCAAAGAGAACGAACAGACGCUUUGGUUGGGCCGAGGUUUGAGCAAACUGAUCUCGAAGUCCAGCCUCGUCCAGUAGCCGCAAUUGAGUUGAUCGCGGAGGAGCCAAUUCAUUAUGUUGAGGGACGAUCCGCUGUUUGCGAUGGAGACGGCGGAAGUUUGGGUCAUCCGAGAGUUUAUAUAAAUUUGGAUAAACCUGGAGCACACGCAUGCGGAUACUGUGGAAUACGAUUCGAACAGAAACAUCACUAA